AUGAACAAUCAUGCAUUCAAAUAUGUAUUAAUUCAUAAGGUUAAAAUGAAAUAAUCUAAUCAAAAGCCAAAUCAGUAAGAGCAACUUCUGAAAUAAUAGUUGUAAAUCGAAGCUUUAUUGUCAAAAGCACUUGAAUAUUUCAUCAAUCCAAAAUAAUAAAAUGAAUAAUUAGUAGAUUCUUUGCUUCAGAUAUAAUUCUUUAAAAAUAAUUGUCCUGAGGGAACCCAACUUAAAGAUUUUGUUAUGCAAACAACAAAGCAUGCAAAAUAUGAGUGUUUUUCUUACGGAUAAAUCAUUUUCAACUAUGGAGACUUCGGUGAUAAGAUGUACAUUAUACUGAAAGGAUAAGCUGGGGUUUACAUUCCAAAGUCACAAGAAUAAAUCUAAGAAGAGUUGGCUUAAGAAAAUUUAAAAAAAAAUAGGAGGAUGCUUUUCUUAGAUGACCCACUGUAUGAAAAUAGGGAUAAUCCUAUUUACUAUUAAGAUGGCAUAUUUAGAUUCCAAAAAGUAUUUUAAUACAUAUCCGGAUAAUGCUUUGGAGAUGUGGCCCUGACCUCUGAUAAACCUAGAACAGCUAGUUUGAUAGUUCUAUCAGAUAUUUUGCAUUGCAUAUCAAUUAAUCGAAUUUAAUAUAAGCUAAUUUGUGAUAAGGCCAUUUAAGAAUAAAAAAAGGCUAUGAGUUUAUACUCCAAAAUAUUUCCUGGAAUCUAGCCUUUUAUUAUCUAAAAAUUUGUGUAGUAUUUAAGACCUAUCAAAUUUACUUCGCAAUCUAUCCUAUGGUAAGCAGGAGAUGAACCUUAAAAUCUAUUAAUUAUCGUAAGUGGAAGAGUCGAUAUCUAUACGAAAUUAGAUGAUCAGAAACAAUUAAAAAAUAGAGUUAUUCCUAAUAAUCUAUUUAACAUUGUUCUCAAGAAAGUUAUACUAAGUUAAAUAACAGAUGGAGGUGUUGUAGGUUAAGAAGAACUUAUAGAAGAAUUACCUAAAAGAAAGUAUAAUUGCCAAUGUGUUGAUAAUACUUCUGCCUAUUAUAUGGAGGCAGAGGAAUUUAGAAAAAUUAGGAAGAAUUUUCCAUAAAUUGUUAAUCUCUUAAAAGAAAUUUAAGAAAAAAAUAAUUAAUAUAUAUCCUAACGAUACUAAUAAAUGAUGUAGAGUAUUUAAAAUUGUUAAAAUUCAAUUGUUAAUACAACAUCAAAUCAAUAGACUCCAGUACCAUUUGAUGAACUUAUAGAUGUUUAAAAAAAACACAUUGAUUAAUCGAAAGUCUUACGAUCUGGAAAUAAAAAACUCUUGACUCUCUCUUAAAGUGUGAGAAGAAACUAAAAAGCAUUUCAAUUAAAAUACAAAGAUAAGUUACAAAAAGAUCUCCUUGUACCUAAUUCUGAAUUGCAAUAAAAUAUAUAAAAAGAAUAAGAAAAGCUGUUUUAUAUGAACAAUAGACAUCUCCAAUAAAAAAGUAAGUAAGAAUUGAGUCUCUCUAAUGAAAUUAAAAACUUUAAAUUAAAUUUGUCUAAAUCUUAAUCCAAAUUUAAUUAAACCGAAGAGAACUUUGAGAAUAUAAUUUCUUUUUAACAUUAAUAUUAAUUAACUGAUGGAUCUUCACUAUCUCCAUCCAAAAUAUUAUAGUUCUAUCAAUCAUCAAGAAGGGAAUCUUAUAAGAAAUAUCAAAAUUUGCUAAAUAUUUAACCAUCAAAUAAACCAAAUACACUCAAUAAAAAUAUUUCUUUAUCACUUCGCCAUUUCAACAGUCUUCAUUCUCAAAGUAAUAUAAAAAAACGGAUAUAAACUGAUUAAAGCGAUAUUAAUGAAUAAUAGCAUCAAUUGUUGUUUAUUACAUCUUGUAGAAACAAAUACGAAAAAUCUCCCAAAUCAUUCCCUAAGUUACUGUUAAUAGAAGAUGAUAACAAUUGA